UUGCACCUGUACAGUCGACCGGAAACCUCCUCGAUCCUCCCGAAAGUGAAUGUACCAGGUAGUACCGACUACGACAAGUAGACGACACUGACAACCCACAGAUUCUCAAAAUGACUAAACGUACACGCAAAGUUGGUGUUACCGGAAAGUAUGGUACGCGUUACGGUGCCUCUCUGCGAAAGCAAGUGAAAAAGAUGGAAAUCACACAACAUGCUCGUUACACCUGUACAUUUUGUGGCAAGGACUCUGUGAAACGCACGGCUGUUGGUAUCUGGAAUUGUAGCGCAUGUAAAAAAGUUAUUGCAGGGGGCGCGUGGACUGUUUCUACCACAGCAGCUGCGACUGUACGGAGCACCGUUCGUCGAUUACGGGAAUUGACAGAAGCAUAAAACCUGAUGGGCUAUUUCUCUAUUUCUCUUUUGUUCUAUGUUAUGCAAUCCAUGAUCAUCUACAUGGCAUGAAUCCAGACAAUCUCCACAUUGUAUUGAUAUCAGGGCUUGGCAGGUAAAAUUGGCUAGUACUCGAGGCUGGUGCGUUGGAGAAGUACUUACAUACAUCCUGUUCUUU